GUCUCUCCCGCUGGCGGAGGAGCCCUGGCUGCGGAAGGAUGGACCCGGCUCUGGCCAGUGGCUUCUCCCAGGAGCAGUUCCGGGAGGCCUGUGCCGAGCUCCAGCAGCCCGCGCUGGCCGGGGCCGAAUGGCAGCUAAUGAUGGAGACCCUGGGCAUCAGCAUCUACCGGCUGCUGGACCAGCAGACCGGACUGUAUGAGUAUAAAGUCUUUGGUGUUCUGGAGGAUUGCCCGCCGGCUCUGCUCGCGGAUGUCUAUAUGGACUUAGACUACAGAAAACAGUGGGACCAAUAUGUUAAAGAACUCUAUGAAAAGGAAUGCAACGGCGAGACUGUGGUCUACUGGGAAGUGAAGUACCCUUUCCCCAUGUCCAACAGGGAUUAUGUCUACAUCCGUCAGCGGCGAGAGCUGGACGUGGAAGGACGGAAGAUCUACGUGGUCCUGGCCCAGAGCACCUCCGUGCCACAGUUUGCUGAGAGGUCGGGCGUGAUCCGGGUGAAGGGGUACAAGCAGAGCCUGGCGAUUGAGAGCGAUGGCAAGAAGGGGAGCAAAGUUUUCAUGCAUUACUUCGAUAACCCAGGUGGCCAAAUUCCGUCCUGGCUCAUUAACUGGGCCGCCAAGAACGGAGUUCCUAACUUCUUGAAAGACUUGGCGAAAGCCUGUCAGAACUACCUCCAGAAAACCUAAGGAAGGGGAUUGGGAAGCUUGUGCCAUGCACCGACGUCUGCGGAAGAGCCACAACCCACGGACGCUCGGCCUUCCUUUCGCUUUCCCGUCCUCAGAGGCCGGCACACCGUCCAGCUCGGCCCCAGCCUCCCUGUGUGCCUGACGCCCGGCUUCCUUUCCCACUUGCCCUGCCCUGCUGCCUCCUUCCACAGUUGAAUAUGCGUCAGAUUAGGGAAACUUCUGCUUGUUUGUUUUUCAAAAGGGAAGUCCUCAGCAGGGAACACAAUCACUCCAUUGUGCCUUUGGAAGGGGAUGGAUGGGUGGAGAAGCCACAACAACAACAAAAAACACACACAUAAGAAUGCCCCCUCCAGGC